CCCAAGAACUGUUUGGAGUACGUGACCCGAUUUCAUUUAUGCGUCUUCGAGUUCGAUCGCUAGAUUCUGUUGCAAGCGCAUCUCUCAUUCAUGUCGGCCAUUUUACUGAUUAUGUUUUCUCGUUACGAUUAUUUCAUCGUGGUGAAUUUUAAUUGAAACGCGCGUCGGCAUUUAUUUAAACUAAUUAAUAGUGAAAGAGUAAAGAUACGUUACACGAAAUAUGGUGGUGUGGACAUUAGUGUGAAACUUGUGUUUCGAUGAUGAAACUUUGUUGACUCUAAAUAGUGUGAUCGUUGAAUAUAUCGACAAUGUCGUCAAUCGGAGACGAUGCUGGACCAUCCGGGAGUGGGGUAUCCAUCCAAACGUUCCGCCCUACGUGGGACGAGUUCAAAGAUUUUAACAAAUACGUACAGUAUAUGGAAUCGAAGGGAGCACAUAAAGCAGGUCUUGCGAAGGUGAUCCCUCCUCCGGAGUGGGUGCCGAGGAAGGGUGGCUACGAUUUAGAGCAGCUGAACAUCACGAUACCCUCGCCAAUAUGCCAAGUUGUGACCGGCAAGCAAGGUUUGUUUCAACAAAUAAAUAUACAGAAGAAGGCUAUGACUGUGAAACAGUUCGCGGUUCUAGCUAACUCUGCGAAGUACUGCACGCCCAGACACACUAAUUACGACGAUCUCGAGAGGAAAUACUGGAAAAAUGUCACGUAUGUAGCACCUAUAUACGGCGCUGAUGUGAACGGCAGCAUCACAGACCCUGAUGUUAAGGAGUGGAACAUAAACCAUCUCGGCACGAUUCUCGACUUCGUAAACUCUGACUACGGUAUCGAAAUUGACGGAGUGAAUACUGCUUACCUGUAUUUCGGUAUGUGGAAGACCACGUUCGCUUGGCACACUGAAGAUAUGGAUCUGUACUCGAUAAACUAUCUUCAUUUUGGAGAUCCGAAAACCUGGUAUGCAAUUCCACCUGAACAUGGUAAGAGGUUUGAGAGAAUUGCAGCAGGCUUCUUCCCAACAUCCGCUAAAACGUGCCAUGCUUUUCUACGUCACAAAAUGACUCUUAUAUCCCCGCAGAUAUUGAAACAAUACUCUGUACCGUGCAGUAAAAUCACUCAGGAAGCUGGGGAGAUCAUGAUAACCUUCCCAUAUGGUUAUCACGCUGGCUUCAAUCAUGGUUUUAACUGUGCCGAGUCAACAAACUUUGCCGCACCACGAUGGGUAGAGUAUGGAAAGAGAGCUAACCAAUGUACCUGCAGCAAUGAUAUGGUGAAGAUAUCCAUGGACACAUUUGUUAAGAGGUUCCAACCUGACCGCUAUGAAUUAUGGCUUAAAGGGCAAGAUAUAGGCUGCCACCCAGAACAGCCUGAGAAAAUGGUACCAGCACCACAUCCUUCAGGUCAAGACAUACUUUGCAAUAAAAAUAACACUGAGCUUCCAGAGUCUUUCAUAGAAGCAGAAGAGGAAGGUUUGAAAAAGAAGAAGCGGCAUCCAUUGCAUCUGAAAAGAGCAAUGGCAAGCAAGAGCAUAUCAGAAGGAGCUAUUGCAGUUUCAAUCCUUGGUCACGAUGUCAUGGAUGAUGAUGAAAUGACGAUGGCUGAAGGGGAUUUAGAUAUGAUGACAUCAAUGAAACGUCCCAUGAUGCCGCUGGACCCCGAUGACAAUCAAUUGGCUGCCCUAGAAGAUAUUUGGCUGAAAGGAGACGAAAUGGACCCAUCUGAGGCAACUUUACCUGAUAUUGGUUACAUAGAUUCUGAUAGAGAUUCAGAUUAUGUUGCUUCUAGUAAAAGGUCAACAAAAUCAAGGAAAAAACGUAAAGAGAGCAUCAAAAAGGAGCUAAAAGAAAAAAGUGUUAAGAAAGAACCAGCGGAAACCAGUGAAGCUCUACCGCAGACAAAAAAGAUUCGUAGAAAAAUGCAAUCAAAAGCUCUAUCCAAUACGCAGCUAGAAGACAUGGCAGCAGUUCUUUCUAGCUGGGAUUCACCACCACAUGUAGAAGAGGCUGUAAUAGUUGAACAAAUCCCAAUUCCUGGUGAAGAUCCUUUAAAUGAUUCACCAUUGCAGAAAAUUGAAACAAAAUGUGUUACAGGCAUCACUAUAAUAGAUGCAACACAAGGCGUAAAAAAAGACCAAAAGAAACAAAAACGUAAACCAAAAGAAAAAUUUGAGGCAGAGAAGAUUGAAAAACCGAAAAAAGAAAGAAUAAAGAAGGAACCUAUAAAACGGCAACCUGCAAUCAAAAAAGAAAAAGUCGAAGAUGAAUUUAAAGUGAAAAAACCACGGAAACCUCGACAGCCAAAGAGUAACACAGGUUUUGAGUACAGCUCGCCCUUACAACCGGUGAUGUCUAGGCAAGUAAAAUUAUAUGCCCAUAUGGAUGAACACAAGCCUUCUACAGUCACAUCUAGUUCAUCGGAGGUGAUAAAAUCCCAGAAGUCCCCAAAAUAUUCACCACCGAAAGCUUAUUCUGGUCUCCAAGUUGACACAAAUUUACGUGUACCUACAGUUAUGCCUCCAAUUGACAAAAACCCUAAUGCUUUUCAAGGUGAAUUCCACAAAUUCAUGUCAAGUUCGACAAAGACAAAAAUUUUAGAACCAUCCCCACCACCUAAAGCUCCUAGGAAAUCGAUUCCAAAGAAAGUAGCUCCUAAUAUAGAACCUCAAAGCGUUUCACCGCAGAAUAGUAACAGUAUACCUUCACCGAUCGGACAGUACAACGACAGUAUAUUCCUGGAAACACCUUUAGAUUACAGGACAUAUGCACCACAAAAUUUAGAGAGGCUUCACGAAAACCCCACCAAUAUGAAUUACCCUGAACGUAUGCCUUGGAGGCCAGAAUUCUACCCUAACCAAGAAGCUUGCUUGAACGUGCUGACAAAGCAGGAGGCGUCGCCAUGUGUGGAGAAAGAGGAGGUGAAAGUAGAAGUGGAGAGGUUCAUUGACCUCGCACGCCAGAUGGAGGCGUUCUUCUUGCAGAAAAGGUUCUUGCUGUCGGCGAUGAAGCCGGAGCUGCUCGUAAAGGAAGACAACAAUGAGCUGAAGUGCGAGCUCCAGCGGAAGGAGGAGUUACUGGCGAGGCAUUACGAGAAGAUCAGCCAGUGGCAGAACCUGCUCGCAGACUUGCAGACCCCUCAGCCGGCGUUGCAGCAGGCAGCGUCGCCAAUGCAGGCGCCGUGUGGAGUCCAACAGGCGGUACCUCAACACCAGCAGGCGCCAAAGACUGAGUUCAACUCUCCACUCACGGUGCAGCAAAUGGCUGCUGCGGCGGCAGCACAGCAAGCGGCGGCUCUGCAACAGCAGGCUCUGCAGCAACAACAGGUACCGCGGCCCCCGCUCCCGCCCGCAUACCCCGCGAACGUCCAGCGGCGGUAACCCAGGGCCAGCCACCCUGGGGUACAGGGGACUUUACUAUAAGAGCUACAUAUAUAUAUAUAU